CAAGUAGUUUAUAAUUUAUUUAAGAAUAUUAGAGGAUAAGAACAAUGAUCAUAAUGAUGAUGAUAAUAAUAAGGAUGAUGACAAUAAUAUCAAUAAUAAGGGUUAGGAUGACAACUUAUGCUCCUUAAUGUACAUCGGUAUUUAGAAAUGAGAGUAUACUGUAAUGGCUUCAACAAUAACAAUCAGAUUAUCGACUAUAGAUUAUCUCUUAUAAUUAGUUAUUUUAUUAUUUAGUUCUUACAUUUUAAAAAAUUAUAUUGGAAUCAAGAUUCUUAUAUGGGAUUAAAAAAAAUAAUUUUAUAGUAUUAAAAUUUAAAAAAUAAAAAAUAUUAAAAUAAUAAACUUAAAUAUAAUUAAUAUAAAAAUUAAGAUAUUAAAAAUAAUUAAUUACAGAAAUAUAUGUAAUUAGCCAUAAACCCACAAUCUAACGUCCCUCUACAGCAAGGGAGAACCCCUCUCUUUGCCAGCACGUACACUUUGGUUCUUAUCGGUCGGAAGAGUAACUUGUGUAAUAAUGAAACGUAUCCCUCUCCUCUUUCUGGAGAGACGCUCUGCAUCCCUCUCCUUCUGGCGUAGGGGGAAACCCUUCGUCUUCCUCCCCUAAACCGUCCUCCCUAUAGUUCACGUGCCCCCUGUCUUCCACGUCGUUUCCUUCGUCUUCGUCUUCAAUGCUGCCGCCCUCCUCUUCGAGUCCUUCUCCUUCCACAAGACCAACUUUUCCCUUGAAACCCACUUCCAGUUUGAAAGUGCCCUCUUCUGUGAACUAACUCUGCGUUGAAAGCCCCGCAAGCUCGGAAUGCAUCACUGGAGAAGGCCCCGGUUUCUGAGGCGAGAGCACCUCUUCGAAGCCUUCGGCUCCUCAGGUGGAUGAUGCUGCCGAAUGGUAACGAGGUAGGCGAUCAUGCGUGGUCGGUGGUUCCGGGUCCGUCGUCUCCAAUGAAAGAGCAUGAUGGCUCUAAAGGAGGGCCUCAAGAUUCCCGUGCCACUUCUUCUGGCCCACGGAUCAUGUCUUGGGUGGAUCUGUUUGCCGGCCGAGAAAGGGAAGAGUUUCCUUGUUCUUGUUUUAUAUCGGAUUAAACAAUCCUCUGAUGUUGCUGCUGCUUUUGAUUUAGAGAGUAUUACUGAAUGGCGUAAGCCAUGGAUUUAUAGCCUAGUUGGUAAAUUUCUUGCUCGAUCGCCUCCUCUUCCGGUUUUGAAGGAUUUUUUCGGAGAUCGAUCGUGGACUGUUUCUGCUCCUUCGUUGAUCUUAGACAUGCCUAAUGAAUUUUUUUUUCCUAUUUCGGUUUCAUUCCGAGGUGGAUGUUCCUAGAGUUAUUACCGCCGGACCUUGGUCCUUCCGGGGACAGUUUCUCCAUGUUUUCCCUUGGCGUCCGGAUUUCAAUCCCAUGACAGAAAUGCCGAGAUCUUCCCCAGUAUGGAUUCAACUUCCCGACUUACCCCUUGAAUAUUGGAAUCGCGAAUGUUUGUCCGGCAUUACGAAGGCUUUGGGUCGCCCAAUUAAAAUCGAUGAUCGGUCUUUGAAAUUGGAACGUGGUCACUCUGUUAGAAUCUGUGUGGAGAUCGAUCUUUCUUCUCCCCUCCAUCAACGAGUGUGGAUCGGUGCUGCCCAGACCGGGUAUUUCGAGGUUGCUCGUAUAAUAACUUGCCUUUCUCUACUUUCGUUGUGGUUGUGUUGGCCACAAGCUGUCGGAUUGCUCUACUAGGCUGGUUGAGAGGCAGAGUGCUGGUGUCCAGAGGUUGGAUGCCCUUGGAAACGAGGGAACCCUUCUGGUGCCCACUUUGGCAUCAUCCACUAGUGGGAAUAUUCGGCCGACGGUGGAGGGUGAAGUUUAUGUACCUUGGAUUAGGGUCCAGCGGCGUGGUUCCAGGAAGAGAUUUGUGCCGGCGCUGGGAAGGGGAUUGGCAGUGGCGGCGGAGGCUGUUCCUUCUUCCACACGUGAGGCGCACGUGGUGUAAUGGUCUUCUGGGGAACCUGGAUGUUAUUACUGUGCAGGGGGCUCGAGGACAAAUGAUGUUUUUUUACUCAGGUGGAGCGAUUGGGGGAACCCAAGGCAGAUGGGGUUUCACCCGGAUCCAGCUGGCUCGUUGGAACAGAUGCCGAGUCAACUGGAGGCCACGAGGCUGUCAACUGGAGUCUGCUUCAGCUUACGUGCUCCAGUGGUACCCAAACCCGUGGAGAUGCCGUUGCUGAGUCAAGCCCAGCCUGGUGCGAAGCGUCAGGUGCUGAUGGGGAGCCCGAGGCAGGCUGUUGUGACCGCCUGUGUUGGCUCGUCUAGCAUCGUGGUGCCUCGGCAUCGUCAUUGGAUUUGAUGAUCUCACUCCUCCACCGCCGACGGUUGAGGUGGAGGGUGUAUAUUCUAUCCCUUCUGCUCCUGUGCAGGGGAAGAGGGGGAGUAAGGAGGUGGCCAAGGCCAAUGUCAGCACAAUGAUCUCACUGCUAAAGCCCAAGAGAGGACAGGGUUGCGGCUCCAAGGCCUCUCAUGGGGAAACCCAUUCGGACGAGACAGUGAUUAGGAGGGUUGCAAGGAGACUGGGUCGUUCUUGGUGCUUUACCGAGUUUCCGUCGGCGGGAGCCUCUGGUGGCAUCGCGCUGCUAUGGAACGCAUCAUUUGUCAAGACCCAGGUGAAUGGAUUGUUGAGGGAUUAUUACAGUUGGGGGGGUGAGCUGGGGCUUACGGGUGGUCGUCGUUACUGCUCCUGGGUUAUAUUGGAUCUGAAGGGCGCAUAAUUAGAUUUUGGAGAAGGGGAGGUGCUGCACUGUGAAGCCAUAACAGUUUUGAUGUUCUCUCGGAGGGAUUCCAACAAGUACACAUGGAAUCAGAUUCACAAAUACUCAUCAAUGUCUUGUUGCACAACUAUUCUGUCUCGUGUCCAUUAGACAUGUUCUUCUUCAUAUUGUAGCACUGUUGAACUGUUUUGACGUGUAUAAUCUAUUGAGGUCCAUUAGAAAUGUCUUGUUGAACUGUUGGGGAAAACGAGAUUGUCAAUUGAUUGAUCAGGUAAGUUAGAGAGUCUCAGUCAUUCCAAUGCUAGGAGUGUUAAUCUUCUGAUAUAGUUAAUUAAGUUCAGCUACUUCAAAAGAAAAAUGGUAUGAAAAUGUCGG